UUUCAGGAAUACAUGAAUAUUUUCGAUAUGUACCACACACGCUAUACCCUUCAUCGCCGGGCUUACCAGCAUCCGGUCAACAAAGCCGUUGAACUAAUGAUUACAGAUGCGCUGGUUUUGGCUAAUGACAAGCUGACGUACAGUUAUAGAGAGGGAACUAAACAGAAAAAAAUGCCACUUUCAGACACCAUUAAAAACAUGGAAGCAUAUAGUCUCGUCACAGAUGACGUCAUUGAUCGUAUCCGUUUUGAGAAUUUCAAAGCUAAAAAAUUCCAGGAGGCUAAAACGAUAAUUAAUAGAAUUUUCAGACGUGAUUUGUAUAAAUGUGUCGUAGAGAGAAGAGUUACAAAGGUAGAGGACGAGGUUUGUCAUUAAUGUUUCUUUGAUAAGAAAUAAUACAAAUUAUUUUCUUUUUGACCCAAUUGACAGCACAAUUGAUAUGAAAAGUUUGAAAUUAUAACUGGUAAAAGAGUAUUUUCUAAUAUUCAAUCCGAUUAAUUCAUUGGUUUAAUGAUAGGAAUUUGAUUGAAUAAACAAGACAUUGAAGACAUGCUCAAGUCCUCAUGUUUUUGUGCUAUUAAUGUCAAACAUAGA